AUGAAGACCACCUUCUUCCUCGUCCUCGCCACCGUCGCCUCCGGCAUCCUGGCCUCCCCGGCCGGUGUCUCCGAGAACCCGGGCUCGUUCCCCAAGCUCGUCGAGCGCAAGGCGUGCUACCACUCGAGUGACUGCAGCUGGUUCUACGCGGCCAAGUGUGAGCAGUACUGUCGCAAGUGGGGCCAGAACGUCGGGGUCGACCGCAUGGAGAAGUGCAACCUGUUGAACCAGAAGAGGUGCUGCUGCACUUCUUGA